AUGAAAGGCCUAAGCAUACAUUUAACUGGAAAUUCAACGGAAGAGACAUACGAUUGGAAACUUUGGAAUGAAAUCUUCGUUCCAAAAAAAGUUGAUGAAUUGAAAACUAGUACAGAAUUAGUGCCUACAAUAGAAACAAUUAACAAAACAACAGAAGCAUCCAACACAACUAAAGAAAAGGAAACAGAACAUUCUACACAGCCAGCGAUUCCAGAUGGACACGAUUUCGUUGAAUUAGAUGGAGAACAACCGGGAGAGGAGGAGAAAGAAGAGAACGACCCGAACAAGAAGGAUGAAAUUAAGCAGGGAGAGGAAAAUGUUUUGCAAGGAAUCUAUUUGGAAGAGACUACACAUUCUGUUGAUGAAGGCAAAGAAGAACAAAAAAAUGAAAAGCAAGAUAUGUCGAAGGAUGAAUUCAUGAACUCAUGAACUUUCAUUGGAUAAACUUUCAUUUUAUUCAAAUUUUACAUAGCAAAAAUUAAAAAUGCGAAACUGGAAUAAUAAAUUUUAAAAAGUAAUAAUCACAAAAAGGCAAAAAAACAAACAAAAAGGAGAAUAAAAUGAGAGUAAUAGUAUAUAAUAAUUUAAAAAAUUUUAAAAGUGAAUUGAAGAAAAAACGAAUAAAUUUGG